UCAAUGAUGGCAAAGAUGGCAGCCUCCGUACUGGAGCACGGGGAGGAUGCUUUUAGAAAGCUUUUUAAGUUCUAUAAACGUCGAAAUCCUCCACCUGAUUUCGGCGAUGUCAUAGAUUUUUCCAAGAACGUAAAGAAUGAUAUGGUCUUUAGUGUUGAGCUGAACCCUUCUGCGUUGAGUGAGGCGGAUGCGAUCAGAACAGGUCUGAGACCUGUUAAAGACUGGAGGGCUUUCGGACUGAAAGGACACUCAGGCUUCAUCUUCAUUUCAAAUCCCUUCCUGCCCGGCUCCCAGCAGCACUGGGUCAGGCAGUGUCUGAAGACAUACCCACAGAAGCCCAACGUGUGCAAUCUGGACAUGCACAUGUCCCCCUCAGAGACGGAGGACAUCUGGAACAAGAGUGCCGACACCUUGCGGAAGAAGAACCAAGGCAAGAGGGAGCCCAAGACCCUGCUGGAGAAAUUACGCUGGGUGACCCUGGGCUACCACUACGACUGGAACUCCAAGACCUACUCUGCAGACCACUACACCCAGUUUCCCCCAGACCUCCACUCCUUAUCCCGAGAGGUGGCUGGCGCUUGUGGUUUCCAUGGUUUCGCCGCCGAGGCUGGAAUCCUGAACUACUACCGCGCCGACUCCUCACUGGGCAUCCACGUGGAUGAGUCUGAGCUCGAUCACUCACGCCCUCUUUUGUCAUUCAGUUUCGGGCAGGCCGCCGUUUUCCUGCUCGGCGGCACCAGGAGGGAGGACCCGGCCACGCCCAUGUUCAUGCGCAGCGGUGACAUCAUGGUGAUGUCGGGGUCCAGCCGCCUUCUCUACCACGCCGUCCCCUGCAUCGUCCCCGCUCCUGCUGGCCAACCCUUACCCACCUGUCUGCUGGACACCCAACAGACCGCAGGCCUCCACACCAACAGCAUCGUCCAGGAGGUCCCAUCAGACGACUGGGAGCUGUGUUCCAUGUACCUGCAGACGUCCCGGGUCAAUAUGACCGUUAGACAGGUCCUGGGGGAUGGACAGACCUUCCCAACAGAGACGACCUCCAUAAGGUCAGAAGUUAGCCCUAAGGACGGAUAUCAUGACGAGACACAUGGACAGGAGGAAGAGGACCUCAAAGCCAAGAGGAAGAGGAAUGACUCAGGAUAUGACCUUGACUCCUAACAUAAUUCAAGGUCAGAUGAAAAGUUUUUACAGGGGAAAGUCUUAAGUUAUAAACCUUUCAAAGCAAGCACGGACAGUGAAAUAUGAUGUUUACUGUCAGUCAAAUAUGAAAUGUCAUGUAUGUACAUAUAUUUAUAAAUAAAAUAUUUAAAGAUG